UCCCGCUGCUCCCGGUGCUCCGCGUCCCUCUGCGUCUCGCUGCUGCCCCGCGCCUCGCCGCCGACACACCGCCACCAUGGAGGCCAUCAAGAAGAAGAUGCAGAUGCUGAAAUUGGACAAGGAGAAUGCCAUCGACCGCGCCGAGCAAGCGGAGGCUGACAAGAAGCAGGCGGAGGAUCGCUGCAAGCAGCUGGAAGAGGAACAGCAGGGCCUGCAGAAGAAGCUGAAGGGCACUGAGGAUGAGGUGGAGAAGUAUUCUGAGUCUGUCAAGGAGGCUCAGGAGAAGCUGGAGCAGGCAGAGAAGAAAGCUACAGAUGCUGAGGCUGAAGUGGCUUCCCUCAACCGCCGUAUCCAGCUGGUAGAGGAGGAGCUGGACCGUGCCCAGGAGCGUCUGGCCACUGCCCUGCAGAAGCUGGAGGAAGCUGAGAAGGCAGCUGAUGAGAGCGAGAGAGGCAUGAAGGUCAUCGAAAACAGGGCCAUGAAAGAUGAAGAGAAGAUGGAACUCCAGGAAAUGCAGCUGAAGGAGGCAAAGCACAUAGCCGAGGAGGCUGACCGCAAAUAUGAGGAGGUUGCCCGCAAGCUGGUCGUCCUUGAGGGAGAGCUGGAGCGCUCAGAGGAGAGGGCAGAAGUGGCGGAGAGUAAAUGUGGUGACCUAGAGGAGGAGCUGAAAAUUGUCACCAACAACUUGAAGUCCCUGGAGGCCCAGGCUGACAAGUAUUCCACCAAGGAGGAUAAGUACGAGGAGGAAAUCAAGCUUCUAGGGGAAAAGCUGAAGGAGGCUGAGACCCGGGCGGAGUUUGCAGAGAGGUCUGUGGCGAAGCUGGAGAAAACCAUUGAUGACCUAGAAGAUGAAGUGUAUGCGCAGAAGAUGAAGUACAAAGCCAUCAGUGAGGAGCUGGACAAUGCACUUAACGACAUCACCUCCCUCUGAGCCCCACGCUGGGCACCAGCACUGCACCCACUCCCUGCCUGUCUCUCCUCUCCCCAGCUCGGCUGUUUGCCUGCCUGGCCAUCCCACCUCCCUCCAUACCCUCUCUGUCCUCCUCUGUCCUACCUAGCCUGUGCCUGUCCAUCAGCUCCUUUGGGACAGGAGCUGACCUGGGGUGUUCCCGCUUUACCCCUCUUUGGGGAGACAAGAUGUAGGUGCUUAGAGCUGUUUGUUCAGGGCAGGAGAGCAGCCCUACAUACUGACUGGACAGUGUAGUUGUAGGCCCAUGCCACAGCAUUGCCCUGGGGAUUAGGACUGUGCCCAGAAGCCCUUUGUUCCAGCAGCUCCCUCCUUGGCUCCCCAGCAGCAGAAGCACUGGGGACCCUGCAGCUCCGGGGCUGGGGGGCC